AUGGCCGUGCCCCGUACAAUGCUCUGGAGUAACCCACCUCAGCUGGGACCAAUCACGGGGAUCGAACCGCAACCGCUUCAGCAAACUGCUACAGACGCGCGCGCAGAGGCUUCGCGGGACGCAGCUUUCCCGACGGGCAAACGGGGACAGGAGGCCGCGCACCCGUAUCUCAGCGCGUGGGCGCCUCUGGUUGAGCGGAGCGGAAGUCGCGGGCGUGAGGGGAGCGGAAGUCGCGGGCGUGAGGGGAGCGGAAGUCGCGGGCGUGAGGGCAGCGGAAGCCGCGGGCGGGAUAGUGGCGGAAGCCCAGCAACCUCCCGACUGCUUCCGCUCUUCCCCCUUUCAUCUCCCGCCACGGGUUCUACGCCCCCCCUUCCCGCUUUCCCCGCAGCCCCCGCUGGCGCGACGUCUGCAGCAGCGCCUGUUGCGCUGACAGCGCCGAUGGCGCUAGGGGGUGUUCCCCCGGGCUGGGAAGACUGGGCGGCGAUAGCCCUGAUGGCGGAAUUGGCUGGGGGGAUUGGCAGCGUGCCCGUAGCACCCGCAUUUCCCGCGCAACCUCAGCUUAUAUCGGCUUCGUCAGCGCGAAAAACCGGAGCGGCGGCGGAUGAGUCCGAGCGGAACGUGCAGCGUCGGCGGGGUGGGCGGACUGGUGGCAGAGAGCGCUACGACUUGUGGCAAGGCCCGGCGUUUCUUACAGGUUCCGCUUCUGCUUCCGCCUCCGCUCCCGCCGUCGCUUCCGCUUCUGCCGCCGCUUCCGCUUCCGCCUCCGCCGCCGUCACCGCGUUUCCUAGUCAGGCACAUGGACCGAACCUUAAGUCGCUGGGGCGGGAGAGAGGGGAAGGCGGGAGAUUCGGGGACCGUAGUGGCGGGGAUGAGCGCGAGGGAUUGGAGACGGCGCGGUUGCUCAAGCGGCGCUCAGCCUGGGAACCGACACAACGGACUCAACCCUCUCAUCCCUCUCGACCGAUUUAUACCACUCAACCGGCUAAGCCGACCCAAGAGACUCAACCCUUUGAACCUUCUCAUCCCUCUCAACCGCCUCAAAUGACGCAAGCGGAAGGCCUGAUAAGGCGGAGCCUGUCAGUUCCCAGGAGUUUAACUAACCCGCCGCCAAGUGUGGUACGGAGCAGGAGCUGCAGCCGGGCAGCCGUUGGGGAAUUAAGUUACCCGCCUCAGAGUAUUCUCAAGGCCCUUGGUACGCCGGUUAGCAGGGCGCUAGGCAGUGCGGGUACCUCGCGCGGGCAGCGGAGCGAGGGGAGAACUUCCGCGGAUCUGCGGGUGAGAGGGGGCGAGUUCAAGAUUCCGCAGUCGGGGUCAAGAUCAGGGUCUCGGUCGUUGUGCGCCUCUGCGCGCGGAGGCGUUCCUUCCGCCACCGCUCCUGGUUCCGCAAGUGAGCAGGGGCUCCAGAGAGGGGAGCAGGGGGACGGGCGCGGAACCAGGGGAGCGGGAAGCGGGAGCUCGAGCAGCAGGGGGAAGAGCGACGGGUGGGCCAGCGGCGGGCGAGGGGAGGGGGAGUAUGGUCGGUCGUACAUGAUGGAAGGCGGGGGGGGCGGUGGUGGCAUGGGCGGAAGGGCGCUGGCGGAAGGGGAUGGGCAUGGACGUGCGGGCGUUUGGGGGAACGUCUGGGGAGGAGAAAGUGGAGCGGGGCCUGCUGGUGGAAGAGUAGCAGGCGGAACUGCGGAGGCCGGGGGAAGGAGAGAGGUUGGUAGAGACGCAAGCACAGAAAAGGUUAACAUUCACCCAAGCAAGACGAGUGAUUACGUUCUAGAGUCAAGAAAACAACAAUCCAGCGGCUGCGCCUUUAGUCAAAGCAACAGGAAGCGGCAGCUGGAGGAGCAGGGGGAGCAGGGGGAGCAGGGGAGGCAGGCUGGGGAGGGGAGGCAGGGGGCGGAGGGGAGGCAGGUUGGGGAGAGGAGGCAGGGGGAGCAGGGGGUGGAGUUGCAGGGUCGAAAAUCGCCUGGGUCACGUGUGGAGCGGAGAAAGAGACCUGCGGGGACUCCGCCUGGGGGAACUCCUCCCGCGGGGACUCCGCCUGUUGGUGCCCCCCUCCCGCGGACUCCGCCUGGGGGGACUCCGGCUGCUGGAACCCCUCUCCCGGGAACUCCGCCUGGGGGACUGGCGCGGCGGUUUGAGGUGCCUGUGUCGUGCGGAUGGGAGGCGUUUGGCGAGGACGCGGACGGGGAGGAACGGGGGUGCACAGGUGGGGGGGUAGGCGCAGGUGGGGCAGGGACAGGGGCAGGGGGAGAGGAAGGGGUAGGAAUGCGACCAGGGACGGGGACAGGGAUAAUAGGUGGAGACACGGAGUCUAGGAGUAGAGGCCGGGCGGGUGGCUACAGGGAGAAGUGCAGUGCUGUGGAGAGGGAGGGGAGUGGGAGUGGGGAGAAGGGAAGGGAGGGGAGUGGGAAUGGGAGUGGGGAAAAGGAGGGUGGUGGUUGUGGGAAGAGGGGUGAGGGUGAGAAGGGGGAGAGUGCGAGGGGGGAGAGUGCGAGGGGGGAGAGUGCGUGGGGGGAGUGUGCGAGGGGGAAGGCAGGAGGCGAGUGGGACGCGUUUGUGCUCGAGAUGACACGCGACACCUCGCUCCCGAAAUUCGUUGCAUCCGGUCCGCUUUUGCAAACCACAGUUGCUCUCACUACUCCUCCAACCCCUUCCUCCCCUGCUGCCACCCUGCCCACUACCGCGACCACUACAACUGCCGACCCGUCUCCUGCUGUCCAACUGUUACACAGCACCCAUCUGAACCGCUCUCUGUGCCGACCAGGCGGCUCACAGGCGGGCUCGGUGCGGCAGCAGAGGAAAGCAGUUGGCGGAUCGUUUGGGGGGUGGGUAAGGGCUGUAAGCCGUGGAAGAUCGGUGGGUCAGCAACAGAGAGUUGGUGAAGCAAGGGAAGGGGACCAACCAAGGGUGGUAAGCAAAAGCAAACCACGGGCAGUAGACCAGGUACGAACACGCGAGGAGUGUGGAGCGCCCAUGCACGCUGCUGCUGCUGCUGCUGCUGCUGCUUCUGGUGCUGCUGGUGCCCCCCCGGGAUUAGUCGCUGAGGGAAGCACCAAAAGGCUCAAGCUCGCAGUAGCAGAAACAGAAGAGGAGGCUAGGAGAAAAGCUCAAGGCAAGGUCUCAGAGGGCAGGGUAGCUGGGCCUGAAACGGCUGACACGCCUUCCCAGUUGUGCGGUGGUAGCGUGUCAGAGCAGGUUGUGCUGCAAGCUCUUGUAACUGGCGAAUGUAUAGCCAGAGAGGUUGCUGCUGACGCAGACCACGCAACAGCAUGGAAGGCAACGCCAGUGGUUGAUGCUGCAGCAGCUGGUGGUGGUGGUGGUGGUGGUGCUGCUGCUGCUGCUGCUGCUGCUGCUGCUGCUGCUGCUGAAGUAGGAUUGGCGGUAAUGGCACCGAAACGUACCCAUUCUGCAACAGAGCACGCGUUUCUGCCUGCUUUGGCUGGCGCCUAUGAGCCCAAUGAUGAGACUACAGGGCUGAAUAAGGUCAACGAUCCGUAUGAGCCCGUGCCAUCUGCUGCUGCUGCUGCUGCUGCUGCUGCUGCUGCUGCUGCUGCUGGUGGUCCUGCUGCUGCUCCUGUUGUCCUUGCUGCCGCUUAUGCUGCCCCUCCUGUCACCACUCGUGCUGUGACUGCUGCUGACCAUCCCAAUACGGAUCUUGCAGCAGCCGUGGGCACUGCUGCCACCUCACCUGGUGCUGCUGCCACCUCACCCGUUGCUGCUGCCACCUCACCCGUUGCUUCUGCCACCUCACCUCUUGCUGCUGCUGCUCCCGCGGCUGCUGCUGCUUCUCUUGCGGUCCUUGCUGCUGAUCUUGCGCCUCUUGCUUUCCCCCCUGCCACUGCUCCUCCUCCUGUCACUGCUCCCCCUCCUGCCACUGCCCUCACCCCCACCACGACACGUCGCCCAAGGGCGAGACCAGAGCCCAUAGAGGUGCCAGCGGGCGACAGUGGGGGUUCAGACGAGCAUGCACUGGCAGUGGCAGCGGCAGCAGAGUCAGAAGACCAGCUCUCCGUUCCUGGGCCUCUCGCACUCCCAGGUGCACAGCAGCACGGGCAGCAGCGGCAGCAACGGCAGCUGGGGCAGCAGGGGCUGUGGCGGCCGCAGUUGGGGCUUCAAGGAGGCGAGGGACGGCAAGGGCAGGCGUUUAGAAUGCCAGGGUUCUGGCAGCAAACGCAAGGGGGAGCAGUGAGGGGAGUAGAGGGAAUGGGAGGAGUGGGAGGAGCGGGGGCAGUAGGAAGAGUGGGAGGGAGAGCGGGUAGGGAAGGAGAAGGCGAGGUGCCCACAGGGUCUCUGUUGAUGCAUCUGAGGGAGAGCCUCGGGGAGGGCGAGGGGUGGACCUCGCAGGGGAGUUUCACAGCGGAUGAAGGGGAGGGGGGGAGCAGUGAGUUCGCAACAGGGGAGGAGGAGGGGAGCAGAGGCGGUGCGUUGGCGGAAGGGGUGGAGAGGAGGGGACGAGAGAGGCAGGGGGACGGGGAGAGGGCGGAGCGGGAGAGGGAGGGAGCGGAGAGUGGGGAGAGGGAGAGACAGGGGGGAGAGGAGAGGGAGGAGAGGCAGAGGGAUGUUACAGGCGUUAGAGGCGGAAGGGGCGUAAGGAACACUAGGGACGUUAGGGGAGUUAGGAACGUUAGGGACGUUAGGGGCGUUAGUGGCGUUAGUGGUAAUAGGCCUAGGGGGCGGAGGGAGAGGGAUAGGCUGGUGCUGCGGUUGCUGCAGGGGAGGGACGGGGGGAGCUCUGGAGGCGGCAGCAGAGGGAGCUUUGAGGCAAGGAGGAGGAGGAGGAGGAGGGCAAGUGGGAGUAGUCCGCAGGGAGAGGCGGGUGGGGGAAGAGGAGGGAACCAGGCCCAGGGGGUGGUGGUAGGAAGCAGGGGAGGUAGGGGAGGGAGGGGCGAGGCACGGACGAGACUGGGGCAAAGUCCUCUGCAGUUCUCCCGUAGGAGAAGGUUUGUAAGGGAGCAAGGGGCGGGGAACAACGUGAGUGGGCAGGGGGGAGGACGCAAUGCGAGAGGCCAAGGUGUUGUGGAAGGGCCAGGGGUCUUGGGCAGGGAAGGGGGUGCGGAGAGGGUAGGGGGCGUGGGAGGAUAUGGGCGGAGGCAUGCCAACAGUGGCAGCGGUGGGGUGGGGAGCAACAGCUGCCCUGUCCCUGAUUUAGGGUUUCUUGGAAUUCUGGGCGGGCCUUCAGGUGGAAUCGCAGGUGGUGCUUCAGGUGGAAUCGCAGGCGGUGUUGCAGCUGGGUCGUCAGGUGGCAUUCGUGGUGGUGUUUCAGGCGUUUUGGGUGACGGCAGCGGCUUGGGCGGUAAUGGUCUGGGCGGCAGUGGCCUGGGCGGCAGUGGUCUGGGCGGCAGUGGCCUGGGCGGCAGUGGCCUGGGUGGCAGCGGCCUGGGCGUGGUGACGGAACAGGGCACAGACGAUCAACAGAUAGAGCCUCCCCCUGCUGCAUUGAGGGUAGAGCCUCCCCCUGGAGUAGCAAGGGCAGGAGCAGGAUCGGGGCAAGGGGAAGGGGAAGGGGCUGCUGAGGAAGCAGUGGGAUCUCUCAGCUGGUCGCACCACUCUGCCAACGUGGCAGCUAUCAGAUCGUGGCUUCAGGAUGCUGCUACGUGGCAUGAGCUGAUUGGACAGCAAGAGCGCGACCUGGGUUUGUCUGGAUGGGUAGAGGGGGAGGUGGAGGAGGAGAAGGAGGAUGCGGGGGAGGAGGAGAAGGAGGAGGAGGUAGAGGAGAUGGAGGAGGAGGGCGAGGAGAUGGAGGAAAUGGAAGGCGAGAGGAGGGAGGAAAGCAGACAGCAGGAGGAAGGGGGAAUUCUCAAGCGAGAAGGAAAGGAGGAGCAGGGAGAGUCGCGGGACUUGUGCAUGUUCUGUGGGGCGGUGGGGCACACUGUACUGAGGUGCUCUGAAACCCGCGAUGGAGAGGUGCUUGUGCUGGUUGCACGGCUGUGUGACUGGGUUGAGAGCGGUGGAGAGGUGUUGGGAGGAGUUUUGGUGGGAGGAUGUCGGAGUAAUGGGGAAGGGGAAGGGGAAGGAGGGAGGGAGGGAAGAGGGAUGGAAGAAGGAGGGGGCGAAGAGGGGAGUGGGAAGGAGGAGAUGCGAGGAGGGGAGGAGGGAGCAGGGCUGGAGGAGGGGAAGAGGAGAGAGUGCAAAGAGAAGGGUAAAGGGAGUGAGAGGGGUGGUGGGGGAGACGAGGACGGUAAAGGGAGUGAGAGGGGUGGUGGGGGAGACAAGGACUGCAAGAGUGUGGGCAGCGAGGGGAUGGUGGGGGUGGCGAGGAUGGUGAGGGAGGUGAAGCGGGUGAGGAGGAUGGGAUGGACAAAAGAGGAGCUGUACUUUUGUCUUUGGUGCGGGGUGGGCGGCAGCCACUGGGCGGCGGACUGCGCAGUGCUGAAGGAGGAGCGGAGCCUGUUUUCCAUCGGGCCUGAGAUAGCUGUCGCCCUCACUACCCCUGUCGCCCCCUCCCCUGCUGUCGCUCCCACUCCCCUUACCAACCCCAAGCUUCCUGCCGGCCCCACUGCCCCUGCCGGUCCCACUGCCCCUGCCUGCCCCACUGCCCCUGCCGGCCCCACUGCCCCUGCCGGUCCCACUGCCCCUGCCGGCCCCACUGCCCCUGCCGGCCCCACUGCUCCUGCUCUCCCUGCUCCUCCAGUCCUUCCUGAGCCCCUCCCUCCCCUUGCUGCUCUGCCUGACCUGACUCCUGCUGCUCCUAUCCCUGCUGCUCCAGAGGAGCUUGCUGUGAAUGCAUGCUCUCCCUUCGCUCUUUCUCACGCUGCUGUCCUGCCUCUGCUUCCUACCCGGCCCUCCUGGGGGGCCACACAACAGCCAGAGCAAGGCUACCAUCCCUGUGGACCCCUUGCUUUGGCGUCAGGUUCGGCAGCCCCAGUGCCAGGUCCGGCACCAGAUUCGGUGUAUGACUGGGCGUGGCUGCUCACAGCCAGGCAGCCGGCUCGGACGCACGAAGCGCAGCAGCAGGCUCGGCAGCAGAGGGGCCCAAGUGGGGGGGCAUGGGAUUGGGAGAUGUGGGGUGGGGAGGGUCGGCAGGGGAAUGGAGGAGAAGGGCGACAAGUGGAGGGAGAGGAAGUGGGGAAGGAAGGAGGAGCAGGUGUGGGAGAAAGAGGAGAAGCGAGGCUGCCUGGUGUGCUAUUGGAGGCAGUGGAAGGGGCUCGCCUGUCCAGGAGAGACUUUCAGAGGUGGCAGGCGCAGGGCGAGCUGUCAGCGCAAGCAACGGGGUGCUUCCUGCGGCUGCGGCUGGGCAGGAAGGGCGAGCACAUGGGCGGCACAGGGUACUGCAUGGGACGAAUCACAGCUAUUUCCAGCAUGAGCAAGAAACCACCCACAGCAGGCGCAGGGGCAGGAGGAGAGGGGGAUGCUGCAGGGGCAGCCAAAGGAGGCCUGACAGGGCCAGCAGGGGCAGGCAAAGAAGACGUAGCAGGGGCAGCAGCACUGGAUGUGGAGCUGUCGUCGUGUGUGGACUCUUUGCCUCUUGCUCUCGUGGUGGACCUGGGCGAUCGAGAGUACACAGUGGAUGGCCAAUUCCUCUCCAACAAGCCAUUUCUUGAGUUUACUAGAACAAACGCCUUGUUCCAUUGGUCCUUGAAAUGCCCAGGUGGAGGUCUCUGA